UUGGGCUUUCCACCGCGCCAAAAACGUCAAACAACCCCCCCGUGGUGUAAAACCAUGAGAAGUGAAGUUGAGCCAAGUUAGAAUCUCCUAAGAAUCUUGUACAUUUACCAUGCGAGCUUGAAUCAAGGGAAACACACACUCAGCCAAAACAACUUUUAAAACAUAUAUGGCCAGCCAUAUAACCAGUUGAGAAAUCAUUAAUUUUUCAAUUCAUAAGGCGACCUUAUACAUAUUCGCUUAGCUUUCAAUUUUAUAAGGUAUGCUUAUGACUUUGAUACACAUUGUUUAUGUGAAAAAAUCAUAAUCUUGCCAUAUAAAAUCAAACGUGAAGAUGGCCGUUUCGUACGACGAGCUGACACUCAUCGCUGAUCUUUUCGGAGACGCUCCGGCGGAAUCAGAACGUGUUUUCUCGCAGUUCGGCCUAACUACAGUUGAUUUGGUGACUAUUGGCCAGACGGCAUUCGAAAAGCGCCUCGGAUUGCUUUUCCCGGAAACAAUUUGUUUGUUUUGGGAAGCAAUUGUUCGUUGGAGAACCCGGAAUAACUUAACGAGUGUGACUGUCCAGGAGCAGUUCGAAACAAAUCCAACCCAAGAUCCAGCCUCACCGGAAGAGGGACUUAGUCAGAAUUAUAUUGAGGUAAAGUUCAUUCCGGACCGUGAAACAGGGUCUGAAUUGCUCGAGAGCGAUCCAGACGACGAGGAAGUGAAUCCGGGCGUCUUAGAAAUGAGUUCCUUGGAAGAGGUAAAAGAUAAACAUAAAAGUUAUUUCUCGUAUCAAAAACUCAUUUUAUUAAAUUUGUUGCUUAAAACCAUUGUCCAGUUCCACCAUGGUUCUGGGACACUUCAACCAAAGACGUCGCUUCAACGGUCCGCUGAAUUCGACAGCACUGCUGCAGGCAGCCAAGAAGUGAUAGUAGCCAGUACGCCCCGAGCGGCCGGCAAGUCCCGAGCGACCGACACAUCCAAGGCAGCUGACACGUCCCAAGCGGCCGGCACGACCCAUGUAGAUGUGGACAUUCCGGAUGCUGGGCUUACGAAGCAAUUGGAAAAAGGGUAUCUUAAGCAUUAUAGAAAUGAGCACAGUCGAUAGGAUGUAGUUUAAUGUUAUCGAAGUUAACAGCAGAUAUUAUUUUAGAUUAAUGUAAAACUAUGUUGUUAAGAUCUGAUUGUAAUCGGAAUAAAAAGUACCGAAAUCAUAUUUCUUAACAUAAAACAACGUUUUCUUGUUUAUUAUUC